UGGAAGUUUAGAAUUACGUUUCCAGAGAGAGAGAGAGAGAGAGAGAGAGAGAGAGAGAUGACUAAUCCCACAGUAUCUUCUCCUCUUCCAAUCUUUUGGCAUUGUACACUGACAUGAACAAACCCCGACGCCACGAAUCUUCUCCUCCUCCUCCUGAUUCCCUCACAAGUAACCUUCAUCUCAUUGAAGACCUUCCAGCUUCCCCGGAGGAUAUGUUUUCCUUCACGAGUUUCGUGUUCCUCUCUGGAUUCUUCCUGGGAAUUUUCGCCGUCUUGGCGGCCGAAGCUGCGGGUUUGAUGUAUCUUCUGAACCGAUUGAACCGGAAGAGAGAUAACCGGGUUGAUUCAAAACCCGGUUCCGAUCAAUCUACCAAGGAGAUCAGCAAUCCUCGUGAAUCCAACAAACAGGGAACGAUCUGGGUUUUGGAGUUGGAUGAAGGUCUUAAGAACAUGUGGAAGGAGAAGUUACCAACAGAGCAGAAGAGGAAGAGAGCUUUCUUGGAGAUUCAUCCAACUCGCAAAUUCGCUCGGAUCAAAGACCACAAACUCAUCUUGUCAGAGUCUGACGGCACUCUCACUACUGUUUCAUUAAAAUGCUGCUCUGUGGAGGCUGUUUCAGGCUCUGAUCUCCCUACAAGAAAAUGGGCCAAAAGAUUCCCUAUAAAAGUCGAAAGCAAGAGUUCCUCAGACGUAUACAAAGGAAACAAGGUGUUUUACAUCUAUCUCGAGACUUCUUGGGAAAAGGAAUCAUGGUGUAAAGCUCUUCGUCUUGCUUCUUGCGAGAAUCCGGAAAGGUUUAUUUGGUACUCCACCAAGUUACAACAAGACUUCCGUAGUUACGUCACGUCUCUCAACGCUGCGUAUCCUUCGUUUAUGAAACCGUCUCUUGGGUUUAGUUUUGAGACGAUUGACAGAGGGAACAGAACGGACGGCUCUUCCUCCAAAGUUCGUUUGUUCUUGAGGAGAUUUUCAAGAAGGCGAUCAAAUCGUGAAGAGAGGAGAACCUCUGUGCGUUCUUACCAAGAUUCACAAAAUGGAAGCAGCGUUCCAGGGAAGAGGGUGGGAGAUGAUGUCAGAGAUGAAGCUGAUGCGCCUGUCUUUUCACGUUCUGUGAGCCAUACAAGUCAUUUCUCCGGGGUUUCGGAUGGAGACUCUGAGGAGAAGUUUGAGAUGGAUGAAGGAACAUUGGCGUGGAACUUGCUAAUCUCCAGGCUUUUCUUCGAUCUCAUACGGAAAACAGGAGUGAAGGACUCAAUGCAAGCACGGAUCCAGAGGAUGUUAUCCAACAUGAGGACUCCGAGUUACAUAGGAGAACUAAUCUGCUCCGAUGUUGACCUUGGUAAUCUCCCACCUCAUAUACAUGGUACUCGGGUUCUUCCAAUGGAGAUGAGUGGUGUGUGGGCGUUCGAGGUAGAUAUUGAAUACUCUGGUGAACUGGUGAUUGACGUUGAAACACGGGUUAAUAUCCGGGAGGUGGAUCUUCAAAAAGGCAUAAACGACACGAGGCUGCAGCCAAGUUCUGCUGGGGAAGAAGUCUCGUCGAACGGUGUUGAAGAUUAUGAAAAGCAAUUAGUCAUCCCUGUUGAUGCAGGAGAAGUGAAAAAUGAUGAAUCCAAUGGCUCAAAAGGAACCAAAGCUUCUCCAAAUGGUGUAUCCAGGUGGAAGUCUAUUCUAAAAAAUAUUGCUGAGCAAGUUUCCCAGGUACCAAUCUCUUUGUCAAUACGGGUUUCUUCUCUUAGAGGGACACUGCGUGUACACAUGAAGCCGCCUCCUUCUGAUCAACUAUGGUUUGGAUUCACGAGCAUGCCUGAUAUACAAUUCGAUCUCGCAUCUUCCGUUGGGGAUCACAAAAUCACCAACAGCCAUGUUGCUAUGUUCUUGAUCAACCGGUUUAAGACGGCAAUAAGAGAAGCAGUGGUUCUUCCAAACUGUGAAAGCCUAACGAUUCCUUGGAUGAUUGCUGAAAAAGAAGAUUGGGUUCAACGCAAAGCCGCUCCAUUCAUGUGGCUGAAUCAAGAAAGCGAUCACCAGGCAACAGAGGGGAAGUCUAAAUCUGACAAGCCAUCUACUUCUUCCUCUUGUGUUCAGUCUGAGCAAAUGCAGGAAACUGCAAACGCCACCCAGAAGCCGGUUAUUUCUGAAGCGGAGACUGUGUCUUCUUCCUCCUGUGCUCAGUCUGAGCAAGUGCAUGAAGCUGCCAAUGCCGUUCAGAAACCGAAUACAGAAGCAGAGGUUAUGUCUACCGCAGUGUCAAGUUCCUCCAGACCUGAAACAGUAGAGAGUGACAAAUCUCUGGAAGAACUGAAAACUCCAUUGCUGCUACCCAGCAGCAGCGAAAAGCAGGAGACGAACUCAAGAGGCAGCACUUUUGUUCAGUCAUCAUCACCAUCUUGGUCAGUAGUUUCAAGCGAAGACGAUGAUUCAAGGGGAAAGAAACUGGGAAGGAGAGCAAGGAUGCUGAGUCUUGGGAAGAAAAUGGGGGAGAAGUUGGAUGAGAAGAGGCGUCACAUGGAGGAAAAGAGUAGACAGAUUGUUGACAAGAUGAGAGGACCUUCUUAACAUGAGAAGAAAGAAGCCUUCGCAGGUUUCAGAUACAUUAACUGAUUUAUAGAAACCGACCGGCACUGUUACAUGUACAGUACUCUUGAGAGAAAAGCCAUCAUUGUCUCCGUCUUGAUCCCAUAAUUGACCAUUUUUAAUGAAA